GGAAAAGCCAAAAGCUUUAAUGAUAUGUGUUGAGCAUCACAUUAUGCCUGACACAGAUCUGCACUAACGUCGAGUGAUAGGAAUUCGUUGGUGAAACGGAGACGCAAAACAAUACAAGGUAUGUUUACUUUAGUUUAAGUAUCUUGCUCGCCUAAGUUCAAAAAGUUUAUACUUUACAGGUAGAAAUAUGUGUUUUUGUUCACUAAAAUGACUUUUCAUUGCCAUUAUUAAUUUCAAAAAUAAUAAUUUAAUGUGUGAUUUUCUUUUCAUAAAUGAAACAUGAUGCUACGAUUUCUUGAGAGGCUGGUUACUGAGUAGUCAUGGCUUCAUUUUCCCUUUUCUUAGUCUUUGUAACUGUAACUAAUAUCGUGCUCGUUGCGAAGCAUAAUUUGGAUACGAUAGCCUUUAGAGAAACCUUUUCACUUUUUGUUGUUGUUGAGUUUUUGAUUCCUUACAGAUCGCAUCAUCCAGUUUUGAACAUCUGGGAUAAAGUUACAAGGAAUUUUUAAAAUGGCAGCAUGCCAGGAUGACAUGGACUCGCUCACUAUGGAAGCCAGAGGUCACGUCCAGGCUAUCAGCAACGAGUUCCUCUGCUGUGCGAUAUGCAAUGAACAGUUUGAUAGAGUCGAUAAGGUACCCAUCACGUUGCCAUGCCGUCAAUCCUUUUGCCGGCCAUGUCUAAAAAGAACGGUUGGCUCUAAGCACAGACUCAACUGUCCCGUCUGUCGCAAGGCUCCGGAAAUAGAAGGGGGAAUUGACGCUCUUCCUGCUGAUUUCAGAAUUAUGAGAAUGCUCGAAUUAAUUUCAAAUCAAAUCAAGCACACCUGCUUUCAGCACAAGGCACAACGAUUAAAUUUCUUUUGCGCCAGUUGCAAAACGCCGAUCUGCCACGACUGCACUGUUAUAAAACAUCCGAAAGAAGAAAUGCAUAUGUUUAAACAAUAUGGCCCUCGAGAAGUGAAAGAUAUGGGGAAAAGCAAACAUGUAAUCAUAGAUAUUUUAGAUGCUUUUGAGAAUUAUGAACCGAUAUUCAAAGAACUUGAACAGUUCGGCCUUAGGAUGAUUGAUGCCUUGAAAAUCAAGGUACAAAAGUACAAAGAUGAGCUGAGAGAGCUUGAAAAGAUGCACGGAGUUGUCAUAGAUGAUAUUUCAAAAAGGUUCGAUUACUACCGCGCACUUCUCAAACAGCGAGAAACUGCAACCUCUCGGAGAGCAGACACCCUCAUACGAGAGCAGAGAGACACAAUUGAACGUGCCUGCACAGCAAUGGAAAAAGAGCUGCAAUCUCUCAAAAUUCUUCAAGAACAAUUUAAAAUCGUCAGAGUAAAUAAAGACACCAGACUUUUGUUCAAGGAGUUCCACGAAUUUGAAAAGCGUAAGACUUUCUUCAUCAGUCUCGCGCAUCCAGAACUGGAAUCCUUCUUCAAAAAGUUCAUCUACACAAACGCAAAGGAAGAAGAGUUGAAAGCGGCGCUGAUGGAGUCUGUUGGUGAUGUGGAGCUGGUCAAAUGCAAAGAUGACGAUUUCAUCGGUCGUGAUUUCGAGGUGGGUAGUUAAACGUCUUAUCCACUUGUUAUGACUUCUACGUCUAAGAUUGAAAAAAAAAUUAUCUUUGUGUUAUCGUUAUAAUUUUUUUUUUAAGUGCCAUAUUUAAAUAUAAAAACCGCUUCGUUAAUAUUGGAACUUUUUUUGCAAAAAUAAUAAAAUAAAUAUAAAAAAACAACAUGAAUGCUGAUAGUAUUUUGAUCUACCGAUGUACAUAUUGGCAAUUUGCCUUGAAAUGGUGGUUGGCCAAGGGAUAUUGCCAUUGGUGUCUUGAGUGUGCUGCGUUGACAAGGUAUUUUUUAAACAAAAAUCACUGUUAAGUGUGGAAAUAAUUUCAAUUCCAAAAGUUUCCUGGCCUGUUUUUAGGUUUCAUUUGAUUGGAAAAUGUAAAAGUUUUAAUGCUGGUUGGCGCAUGAGUGCCGUCGGAAAGAAGAUGGCGGCCACGUCAAGAAAUGUUGUACUCAAAAAGGGUUGAUCCUUACUCGGUUUUGUGCUUAUUUCGGGAAAAGUGAGUCUCAUCGCGGGAAAUUAUGGGGAAAAAUAAUUUAACCACACUUUUGUUAUUGAAUUAACUGUAAAACUGGGAUUUUAUUAUUUUCAUAAUGUUUUAGUCAAUGAGAGACCAUUGAGAGGUUAGUUGAGGUUUUUUUUCACAUAUUCCAUUAUGUUGCUUCAUUUUUACCUCACUUACCGCUAGUCAUAGCAGAUAACAAGCUUAUAUGUUAUUCUUUUAGUCAAUAGCUCAUAUGACUGACUGAAGAAAAACAUUACACUGCAUUGGAGUUUGCAUUCUUCACAAGUCACACAUUCUAGCUUAGAAUUGUUCACUUCACAUCUAACAUGAGACGUUUGUGAAAUUUUAAACUGGUUCGUUGAAAACUAAAUACUUAAUAUGGGUUUAUGGUUGAGGUGCGUGUAUGUGUGGGGUGCCCUGUGCGGUGUUGUGAAGGUGUGGUGUGGGGUGGGUUUGGGUGGUGGUGUGGGUGCUGAGAUGGGGUGGGGGCGUGGUAGGGUUGACGGUGUGGGUGGUGGGGGGUUGGGGUGGAAGGUGGGUUAAGGGUGUGUGUGAUGAACGUGGGUAGGGUGGGGUGUGGGUGGGGGAUGCACGCAUGUAUAUUCAAAUGUCAGCUAGUCAGUAAGUCAUUCCUCCGUAUUCUGAGAGCCAGUGCCAACAAUGGAAAAUUCACUAAGAACGUAUGGACCAGGAGAGUAAUCAGCACUCAAACUAUACUAAAGUAUCAGGCGGCUGUUCUCCCUAUGAUUCUCUAUGCCUUGAAACGCGGACGGUGAACAAAGACAUGCAAGAAUGUUGAACCACUUUCAUACAACAAGACUCAGAAAAAUCCUCAAAAUUAAAUGGAAGGACAGGGUCCCAGACACUGAGGUGCUCACACGGUCAGAUGUCCCCAGCAUCUUUAUCAUCUUAAUGAAGUCCCAGCUUAGCUGGGCGGGACAUGUUGUGAGAAUGCCAAAAGAAUUUUCCAUGGCGAGCUCGAUCAAGGAAAGCGGUCGGCUGGCGGGAAAAAGAAACAUUUUAAAUACAAACUAAAAACAUCACUGAAAGAGUUCCAGGUAAACCCAGGCAAGUGGGAGGAAACAGCAAAGGAUCGAACAUCAUGGCGUUCCACUUUACACAGGAGCUCCAUGCAACAUGAAUUUGGCAGAACAGCGGCUGCAGAGCGCAAGAGACAUGCCAGGAAGGUCCGAUCUUACUCUGCUCCUGGAGAUGCCCCAUUAUUUCCCUGAACCUGCUGCACAAGAAAAUUUUGAGCCAGAAUCGGCCUCAUUAGCCAUCUGCGCACCCACAGACAGAACUAGGACAAACUCUGAUGGUCAAAGUUGUCAUGGUCGACUCCCGACUGACGAACAACAAGUCAUUCCAAAAAAGUAAUGACUCAUUUUAAUUUAACUGUAUUUUGGCAUUUGGCCUCUUAGGAAAGCUUUCAAUUCAUAUCCUCGUAAAUAUUUGUAAAACGUUUUUUUUUUUUUUCAGUGCAACACGGAUGAAAUGUGCUCUUAGAAAACUGCCCUGCUAAAUACAGCGAGAUCUUGGCUAACACACUCAAAACGUUUCGUGGCUCUGGUCUUUAAAUUUACUAAUUGAAACAAUGUUUCACAUUAAAGUCAAUGUUAAUUCAAUUAAUCUUUUCAAGACUCAGAAAUAUAUAUUUUUUAUUAUUAUUUUUUUUUUUACAUUUUUAAGUGUUGCUCGAUAAUGAAAGUUAUAUCAUUGUAUCUGAAAUAGCAGUUUUUCCAUUCUCCAUAUCUUAUAACCAGCAACCUCUUCAUAUCUUCUAACUAGCCGCCUCUCCAUAUGUUAAAACUAGCAGCCUCUCAAUAUGUUAUAACUAGCAGCCUCUCCAUAUGUUAAAACUAGCAGCUUCUCCAUAUCUUAAAACUAACAGCCUCUCCAUAUGUUAAAACAAUCAGCCUCCCCAUAUGUUAAAACUGGCAGCCUCUCCAUAUGUUAAAACUAGCAGCCUCUCCAUAUGUUAAAACUAGCAGCCUCUCCAUAUCUUAAAACUAACAGCCUCUCCAUAUGUUAAAACUAGCAGCUUCUCCAUAUCUUAAAACUAACAGCCUCUCCAUAUGUUAAAACUAGCAGCCUCUCCAUAUCUUAAAACUAACAGCCUCUCCAUAUGUUAAAACUAGCAGCCUCCCCAUAUGUUAAAACUAGCAGCCUCUCCAUAUGUUAAAACUAGCAGCUUCUCCAUAUGUUAAAACAAUCAGCCUCUCCAUAUGUUAAAACUAGCAGCUUCUCCAUAUCUUAAAACUAACAGCCUCUCCAUAUGUUAAAACUAGCAGCCUCCCGAUAUGUUAAACUAGCAGCCUCUCCAUAUGUUAAAACUAGCAGCCUCUCCAUAUGUUAAAACUAGCAGCUUCUCAAUAUCUUAAAACUAACAGCCUCUCCAUAUGUUAAAACUAGCAGCCUCCCCAUAUGUUAAAACUAGCAGCCUCUCCAUAUGUUAAAACUAGCAGCCUCUCCAUAUGUUAAAACUAGAAGCUUCUCCAUAUGUUAAAACUAGCAGCCUCUCCAUAUCUUAAAACUAGCAGCCUCUCCAGAUGUUAAAACUUGCAGUUUCUCCAUAUGUUAAAACUAACAGCCUCUCCAUAUGUUAAAACUAGCAGCCUCUCCAUAUGUUAAAACUAGCAGCUUCUCCAUAUCUUAAAACUAACAGCCUCUGCAUAUGUUAAAACUAGCAGCCUCUCCAUAUCUUAAAACUAGCAGCUUCUCCAUAUGUUAAAACUAGCAGCCUCUCCAUAUGUUAAAACUAGCAGCCUAUCCAUGUCUUAAAACUAGCAGCCUCUGCAUAUCUCAAAAACAGAAGCCUCUCCAUAUCUUACUAACCACGAAUUCCACUUCUUCGGUGAAAUUAAUACAACUACUGAAAACUCAUUUUAAAGACUGUACUGCAUUGACCAUCAAUUCACAAUCUCAUUUGCGCCAUGUGUAUCUUUAAAAACCUCUAGGAAUUUGAGUUCCGACACUACAACCAGGGGGAAAGCCAAGUGCCCCCCGGAGAAAAAAUAUAUUUAGCAGUAAAUCAACUGGAACUGCUGGCACUGCCCCCCUCCCUGAGAAAUCUGAAUAAAACUGAAAGGCCCCCCCCCCCCCCCGAAAAUCUGGAAUGCCACAUGGGGGAAAAUUUCUGAAAGAAACAGUGACUACAACUGAUUGCAGCCCAUUCCUAGAAAUUCCACAAACCAAGCAGCAACAUCGCUUAAGAAAUAUAAAUGCCAAAGCACUGAUAUAAACAUACAGAAGUUGACAAAAGUAUACCUGUCUUUCUAGGUUAAAUCAUUUAAAAAUAUUUUUAUGGUCAUUAAUAUUUAUUUGUAGUUGAUUUGCCUGUUAUCUCUUUUGACAGCUUCUGGAACAAUUUUUAUCUUAUGGACGUCUCUUCAACCCUUUGACUUCUUUAAUGGAUGAUUGAUUGAAGAAGAUAGAUUGUGUAAAAUCGACUUUCGAUCUUUGGGGAUUCUUUGGAGACGUUUUUGCCUGGAUUUUGUCAAGUUCCCCAAUCAUCAAAUGUCCACUUCUGCAAAUGGACGAAACAUCUUGGCACCAGGGGGUCACAGGAGUCGGCGGACAUUUCCUUUAACUCAAGGCCAUACCUCUUACGGAUCUGUAACCUUCAAUGGAUUUGUUUUUAGCCGCAAGCCAUGUUCGCGGUUUCCAUCUCUCUGAUGAACUACCCGCUUAAUUCCCCGAGUCCCCCCCCCCUUUUCGGACAACGUGAAGGUGUUUUUUUAAACAUUUAUUUGUUUCCUACUUGGCUUUGAACUCAAGUCAACUGAAAAUGAACUGUAAAAUAAACAUAUUGUUUUCUUUAAGUAAAGUAUGUUCACCCUCACAUGUCACUAGACGUUUUGCGCGAUGAAGAAGGCACAAGCAUGAGGUAGGAUGCACUGAAAAUUGACCGUGCUGUAAGCAUAUUAUGCUACUUAAUUAAAGCAUUUUCAUCCUCAUAUGUCAGCCGCCUUAUCAGGAUGGAGAUAGCACAAGCGUGGGGGGGUGGGGGAAGGCGAUUUAUUUUUAUUGAUGAUUUUAAAUACCACAAAAAUCC